AUGUAUAUGAAGAAUCCGUGGAUAUGGCUCGACCAGAACCUCCUUGCCGAGCUCGACGUUUUAGUUAUCCCCAAGGCCAAAACAUUGUCGACCAUCAUGAAUGAGCAUUUCCCGGACGCGCUCGCCAUCUCGUUCAUCAGUCAUCAGAUUCUCAUAGAGCUGAUCGAGGUUACUUUCGAGGAGCAUCGUAGGCGUCUGGAGUACUUACCUGGGGGGGUUUGGGAUACAAACUUUGGCCUGAGAUAUUACAAUGGCCCAAUCCACGGACCUGGAGUCAAGCGCCCGGAGCCAAACAUGGAUAGGUUCCAUGACGAAUACGACGACACUGACUAUUUGAAGUCCCAGGGGUAUUUUAAUCCAGGUUCCAUGAUGUCUUUUGGAGAAGAUAGGAUAUUCACUGCAGGAAUUAAAGUUAAAAAGAAACAUGAUAUCAGAAUAACAGUACCCAUCUCCUGCUGGGACAAGAAACUUGAACCCGCACUCCGGCGCGGAGGAAGCCACACCAUCAAGCAAGGAGACUGGGAAAAUGGAACGGCUUUUGGAAUGCAAACCAAACGGAUACUACAAAGCGGCACCCGAGUUGCAAAGACGAAUAAGUCAUUUAAUAAUCGAUUCCUCAACCUUAAAGGCUCUGCCACCAGUCUUUUACACAGUGACGACAUUAGGAAAGUCAAUGAAUUAUUCUGGACCGAUAACUUCAUGACCGGACCGCAACAACUCGCAAGUGUCGGUAAAAGAGUCUGCAAAGUUGACACACAAGGCAACGACUUCUUCAGUGACCCGAACGCACUACUCACGCACGGAGAAUAUACCGAGCUUGUUCAGUGCAUAUAUGCGACUACGAUGCCGCCCAUCAACAGCCAGCAGAAAAUACAGAACGGCGUUUGCGGUGCCCAUUAUCCGCGCUCGAAUGGAAGAGAAUUGCCCCCCGGCGGUAGCAAAAUAUACGGCUCCUAA